AAUCAUGUCGACCAUGGCGGAAUGUGUUCGACUUGACAGCAGCACAAGUACUCACACCAUGGAUAAAAGCAUUACUCUGCCUCCUGAUGAGAUAUUCCGCAAUCUGGAGAAUGCAAAGCGCUUCGCUAUUGACAUAGGUGGAUCCCUCACGAAGCUUGCCUACUACUCCACUGUGCAGCACAAAGUGGCCAAAGUGCGAUCCUUCGACCACAAUACAAAGGAGGCUUCCAGCGACAAGCUGUAUGAAAUAUCUGUGCAGGAGGAAGUCACUGCACGCCUGCACUUUAUCAAGUUUGAAAAUGCUUACAUCGAAACAUGUUUGGACUUCAUCAAAGACCAUCUGGUCAACACGGACACCAAAGUUAUCAAAGCCACAGGUGGAGGAGCCCACAAGUUUAAAGAGCUCAUCGAGAGGAAACUCGGACUCAGAGUGGACAAAGAGGAUGAGAUGACCUGCCUGAUUAAGGGCUGUAACUUUGUGCUGAAGAACAUUCCCCACGAGGCUUUCGUGUAUGCCAGACACGCCGACUCUGAGUUUCGCUUUCAGACGACUUACCCCGAGAUUUUCCCGUACCUGCUGGUGAACAUCGGCUCUGGUGUGUCCAUAGUCAAGGUUGAAUCAGAGGACAAGUUUGAGCGAAUUGGAGGAAGCUCGAUAGGUGGAGGGACGUUCUGGGGUCUUGGAGCAUUGCUUACCAAAACAAAGAGAUUUGAUGAGCUGCUACAGUUGGCCUCCAGAGGGCAGCACACAAGUGUCGACAUGCUUGUGAAAGAUAUCUACGGAGGAUCUUACGGGUCGCUGGGUUUGACUGGAGAUCUUAUAGCUAGCAGUUUUGGGAAGUCUGCGACUGCCGACAAAGAGUUUUCUAAAGAGGACAUGGCGAAGAGUUUACUCCACAUGAUCAGUAACGACAUCGGGCAGCUGGCCUGUCUGUACGCGAAGCUGCACAACCUCUCCAGAGUUUACUUUGGUGGCUUCUUCAUCAGAGGACAUCCCGUCACCAUGCACACCAUCACCUACAGCAUUAACUUCUUCACCAAGGGGGAAGUUCAGGCCUUGUUCCUGAGACAUGAAGGUUAUCUGGGAGCCAUUGGAGCAUUUCUUAAAGGAGCAGAGGAGGACAACCCGAAUCAGUACAGCUGGGGGGAGAAUUAUGCAGGAAGCUCCGGCCUGAUGAGCGUCUCUCCAGAUAUGAAUCCCAUGCAGCGAGCACGGAGUGGCACAUUUGACAUGCUGGAGAUGGACCGUCUCGAGAGGCAGCUGGUGAAUCUGCCUCUGCUUCUGGACCCAUCAUCGUACAUCCCCGACACCAUGGACCUCACAGAGGACGCUCUGGCCCGCGAGUACUGGCUCUUCUGCUUCGAAGACGCUCUAGAUGGGGUAGUGAAGAGAGCCGUAGCGAGCCAGCCUGACAUGCCGGAGGCGGCAGAGCGAGCCGAGAAGUUCCGUCACAAAUACAGACACAAACUUCAGACCCUCCGUCAGCAGCCUUUUGCUUAUGGAUCCCUCACUGUCAGAAGUCUGUUAGACACGAGGGAGCACUGUUUAAACGAGUUCAACUUUCCUGAUCCCUACUCCAAGAUCAAACAGAAGGAGAACGACAUGGCUCUGAAGUACUACCAGAAAGCAGUGAAGUCCCUGGACGAGCUGGGCUGGGAGGAGAGACAGUUUGCCCUCGUCAGGGGCGUCCUGGCCGGGAACGUGUUCGACUGGGGAGCCAAGGCCGUGUCGGAUGUCCUUGAAUCUGACCCUGAGUUUGGCUUUGAGCAGGCGAAACGACAGCUGGAAGAGCGACCAUGGCUCAUCGACUCUUACGACCAGUGGUUUGAGAGACUGAAGGGUCCUCCUCAUAAGUGUGCCUUGUUUUUCGUAGAUAAUAGUGGAGUAGACAUCAUUUUAGGAGUGAUGCCUUUUGUCAGAGAGCUUCUCUCUCGAGGAACAGAGGUUGUGUUGGCCAGUAACUCUGGUCCAGCUUUGAACGACGUGACGAACGGGGAACUACAAAUACUGACUGAGAGGAUCGCUGCCAUGGAUUCAGUGAUUCAGGAUGGUCUGAGGGAGGACCGGUUGACGUUGGUUCAGAGUGGUUCCAGUUCCCCCUGUCUGGAUCUCAGCCGUCUGGACAAAGUGUUGGCAAACGUGGUCAGAGAGCGUAAAACCGACCUGGUGAUCAUCGAGGGAAUGGGCCGAGCCAUCCACACCAACUACUACGCCAUGCUGAGCUGCGAGAGCCUCAAGAUGGCCGUCAUCAAGAACUCGUGGCUGGCCGACCGACUUGGAGGGAAGCUGUUCAGCGUCGUCUUCAAGUACGAGGUACCGGCUGAGAAACUGAGCCCAGACUCUGCAGGUCUGUCACCGUUGUGAGCGUGGGGAGGAGCUGGGAAGGACAGAAAGGCGAAGCGACCAGAACGGAUCAGCUGGAGCUCUGAAUGUAAGGAUCGCAUACUGCCACUGAGUGAGUGACUGAUUGCAAAGCUGACUAUAAAUGUAGGCAGGUUUUAGAGGUGAGCAGAACCAGGAAGGUUUUCACUUUGUGUUAAAAAAGAUUGAUUUACAUUGCUUUGUGUCCAAUUUCCUGCACAAUGACUUAGUUUGUUAUCAUCGUCUUCAGCAUCUGGAGUUUGUUUUCAUGUGUGCUCAUCACAGGCCGUGUUCAGUAAACUUUUGCCGACCGUUGUGACGGCUGAGAUCUUCUCCUGCACACUGUCGAACUUCAAAAAAGGAUUAAGAACCAAAAUAUUGUCCCUAAAUCUUUUUUACAGGUUUGACAGAGUGCUGGAACAACAAGAGAAAAAGAAACAUUACUUUUUAAACUGUUGAGCAGCACUCGUUGAAAGGCUGCGAGCACACAUCACUGAGCACCAGUAAGCAGCAGAUAACUUUCUUUGACUUCGUGCUUUAGAGAAAGAGCUACUGCGGCAACACCUUUCAACUGAAGUGCUUUUAAUGUGCCUUGCGGUUGAUGUGAUAAAAGCAUCAUUCACAUAGAUUUUGAAGCUUUUAGUUCCAGUUAUAGACCACAAGAAACAUCCAAAAUAUCUGCUUUUGUUUCACAGCGAUCUCGCGCCAAACACCAGACAGCAUCCAUACGCCUUGUGUUUUUGUCUCUAUCACUGCCGCUGAAUGAACUGAGAUUAACUCAAUAAUUUGAGUCACUUGUGUAGCUGUGGCAUCAGGGAAAACGUGUGAUCAGAAGGGGAAGCAGCACUUUAUCAAAGAGAUUUUUCCUCCACAAGGUGGCAGUAUUCGACUGUGAGUAGUUUUUUGUCUUUUAAUGAUUUCUCAAAUCCUUCCCGAGGUGCUUAGUGUCGAAUCAACGCUGCAUACUUCAGGUAAAAUAUUCAAACUGACUCCGAUCAAAGCAUCACUUAAAACUUUUCUCUGUCUCGUAGCUGGCUGUGGCGUCAGUCCACGGUGAUAAACAGCACUAGUAUAAGCUAGAAUCCAUCCCUACAUCUAAAAUGCAGUUGUUUCAAGGCAAUAAUCAUGCAGCAUGUAGUUAAAACAAACUUCAGACUGUGUGUAGAAGCUGCCUGUAUCAGUGACGUCAUCUGAAAUAUCUAAAUCCAAGUCAAGUCUGAGUUUAAAAUCCUGCCUUAGUGUGAAAAUGUUCUCUGAAGUUUCACUUUCUUGAAAUGUGGACUCUCAUUGCAAUACUUAAUUGCUAUUUGUACAUAAAUGUGAUAUAUCAGAAUGUGUGUGUAUAUGUAUAUAUUUAUACACAUAUAUCAAUUCAUUUGCAUCAUUUCAGUUAAGCACACCAAGCACAACUUUGUGUAUUAUUCUCCUGACAAUCAAUUUUAAUUAAACAGUGAAAACCUUUAUUUUA